ACUACGAGCUGGAAUGAUUAUCCAACAAGGAAUUGGCAAAAUAAUAGAAGACCGCUUACCUGUUAUAACUGUGGAGAGGAAGGAUAUAUUAGCACCAGAUAUCCCAAAUCAAAAUAAUGCGAAUACCAGAAAUUCGCAUCAGCAAAACAAUAUCAAACCAAAUGCAUCAAAUAGAUCAGCAAAUAAUGGACAAACAAACAACAAUACCAAUGCAGUAUUGUUGAUGCAGAUUCAACAGCUUACUGAUGCAUUACAAAAUGGAACAACCAGCAACAAUUCUCUCUUAGCUACUCAUGAAUAUCUGGCAGGUGAAAGAAAGGCUAAGACCACUACUCGACAUAAUCCACUCGAAGAAUUCUUUAAUCAAUCCUCCGAAGAGGUGAAUAAUAUUCAGAGUAGUGAACAACAACUACUAACUCUCAGAAUUCCAGAUAUUCAAGAGACAUUUUCAGAACUAUUCGAAUACUUCCAGACCAUACGAAAGAAAUUACAAUGUACUGAAGUCGACUUUAAUGAGGAGAGUGUCUACAACCUCUAUGAAGAACUAUCAGAAGAUGAUUCAUUGGAUCAAUUAAUGAAA